AUGAGACGAAAGAAUCCACACCCGCAGCGCGCGGUGAACGCCGGGACGGUUUUGAGGGUGGUGAAGGGUAGGAGAGAAGAAGAGGGAGAAGAAGAGGGAGAAGAACCGGUGUUGUGUUUGAGGAUUCCCGAUGAGGAUGAUUUCGAGGCAAAUCAUCAGAUACAAAAAGAAGACGAAGAAGAGGGAGAAGAAGAAGAAGAAGAAGAGAUAACUGUUAGGAAAGGAACGAAGAGAAAGAGAGGGCACGAGUGCGAUGUUUGCGAGAAGGUGUUUCGAUAUCCAUCCGACGUGACCAGACACAUGCGUACUCACACGAACGAGAAACCGUACGAAUGUGAUGUGUGCGAGAAGCGUUUUAGUGAUUCUGGUAAUUUGACAAAGCACAUGCGUAUUCACGCGAACGAGAAACCGUACGAAUGUGCUGUGUGCGAGAAGCGUUUUAGUCAUUCUGGUAGUUUGCAAAAGCACAUGCGUAUUCACACGAACGAGAAACCGUACGAAUGUGAUGUGUGCGAGAAGUGUUUUAGUCAAUCUGGUCAUUUGCAAACCCACAUGCGUAUUCACACGAACGAGAAACCGUACGAAUGUGAUGUGUGCGAGAAGCGUUUUCGUUAUUCUCACGUUUUACAAAGGCACAUGCGUAUUCACACGAACGAGAAACCGUACGAAUGCGAUAUGUGCGAGAAGCGUUUUCGUCGAUCUGAUACUUUGAAAAGGCACAAGCGCACUCAACAUUAG